UUCUUAUCCUGUAUUUAAAAUAAUCUAAUAUCAACGAGUAUGUACUGCUGUGAUGUGAAUAAGAUAUCGUGUGUAGACACGUGAUCUUAAGAAAGACAAAAAAGAAGUGUCAUAAUCAACAAUGCUCCUAGUAUUACAUUUAAAGUUUACGUAUCAAUUGAUAUCGCGUAUUACCUUACGAUUAAUUACAAUGUUUCGAAGAGCACGCGCCAAUAAAUAUUUGUACCCUUACGCAACGACAGGUGGCGAUAACCUCAAAAAAAUACAACGGUGAUCAUUCAUGGUUGUGUAUAUCUUCUUGUAAAAUCAACUGAAGUACAAUCUAGAGAAUAUGUAUCCAUUGUUCUCGAAUAAUAGUUGGUGAUAUGUAAUAAUUGUUUCCUAAAGUGCCUUUUAUUGUUAUAUUUGUUGUUAUUUAAUAUUUAUAAUAAUAUUAUGUUUUUAUUUACCAACUAAAUUAUUAAAAUUUAAUAUUAUUUAUCUUGUUUGUUAAUUAUUGAUAAAAUUCCAUUGAAAUGUGUUGACCUAGAAAUAUUUAGAUUUCAUUUAUUCAAAUAUGUCGAAUAUUUAAUGAAGAGGACUUAAUGUUCUUCGGCCAUCGAUGGAUCCUGUUUGCGCUAUCGAUAUUAGCAAUGCAUCUACUCACUCAUAUCAAUCGUCAUGCAUAUCUGUUUUAAGGAUAUAAGAAACCUUAUUUUCUAUGCUUGAUUAUGUAUUUUUGUUGUUCCCGUUGUCAUUUGAAUACAAUGGAUAUUUCGUGACAGUGCCAUCAAAUACGAAUGAUUAAAGGAGUUUUUUACAAUAAUACAAACUUACGAAAUGGACAGUUCUGAAUAUGAGAUGGUCAGAAAUAUGACUCUUUUAUUCUUCUUCGAACGUUUGAUGGACAAAGGCGGACCACGAACGCUACAUGAUUUAAGUUGUCAAUUUGGAGCUAAAGGAUUCACCAAGGAAAUGCGUCAAAUAGCUGGUGGUUCUCAGAGUGGCCUUAAAAAAUUUUUAUCUCAGCAUCCAUCGCUUUUUAUUAUUAAUGGUGAUUAUGUUACUGUUAAUACUUUUCAAUCCAUAAUCGAGGAAGACAAUGGAUCAAAAUUAACCGGAACUCGCGAUUACGCGAGAGAAGCGGUAGAAUAUUUUUCUAAUAAGUUGAUGCAGUAUGGAGUAGGAACUGAGGUACCAAUAACUAGCUUACUUGGACAUCGUUCUCAAGCAUCUCCAGAAGUAAGACACAUUUCUGGUCAACGUUAUAAAGAAUUUAGAGAUUUUCUCUUGAAGUAUCCCAGUGCCUUUGUAGUUACGGAAGAUAAUGUAAUGUUGAAACAAUAUGAAGGAAUGAAAGUAAAAUUAUUUGUUGAAUUAGAACCCGAUACGCCUAUUGAUCCAGAAGUAACUGCUAAAUUGUUACAAUUUUUUGCUCAAUGCAUAGAAGAGAAAGGUCCAAUUUUUAUAGAUCAGUUAUUUAAUUUGGUUAAUGAAAAAUUUUGUCCCGGAAAUUGGACGUCGAUAUUUAAAACAGUAAGAGAUUUAUCAACGUUUGUAAAAAUGUUUCCCGAUACAUUUCACGUUCAAAGCAAUCUUGUAACAUUGUUAGAACGUGGAAAGUCUUCAACGAUAGAAACAGACACAAAAAAUAAACCUAUGCAAUUGACACGAAAUCGAAGUAAUAAUGUUAAUCGAGUAGUAAACGCAGUACAACCAAUGACACAGUCAAAUACUACGCAUACAGGUUCUCAGACAGUAAAUUCAGAAAAUGUUGUAUGUAACAACAACAUUGAAAAUAAUACAUCUCAAAAUGCGUCUCCUACACCUGUCGAGUCUAACAAUAAUUGUCCUUUAGUAAGUUUACAGCAACAAACGCUUAAACAAAGAAUAAAUACGCUUGUAAUGAAGACGUUAGCCGAUAACACGGAUAAAGAUCGCAGUUUACAAAGUAUUCAAAAAGGUGAUGCGUGGAAAUUAAAAGUAUUACAACAGACGAGGGUAAUUGUAAACCCUAAAGAAAGUUUACAGAUCGUAGAGGAUAUAAUCAAUCCUCGGAAAGCACGUGCUGAUAAUAAUGUUAUUUCCUUUGAUUGCGAAGGAAUUAAUUUGGGUGCUAAGGGACAAUUAACUCUUAUACAAAUUGGAACUAUGACUGGACAAGCUUAUGUCUUUGAUUUAUUUACAUGUCCAACUCUCAUGCAAGCUGGUGGGCUCCAAAAACUUUUAGAAAGUGAUAAAGUUAUCAAAGUGAUACAUGACUGUAAAAACGAUAGCGUUAAUUUAUAUAAUCAAUUUAAUGUAACGCUGAAUAAUGUGUUUGAUACGCAGGCUGCACAUGCUGUAAUUCAAUUCCAAGAAACAGGAAAACCUGUGUACAAAGUGAAAAAUGUCAAUUUAAAUAUCUUAUGUGAUCACUAUGGAGCACAAUCCAAUCCUUUGAAGGAACAAUUAAAAAAUAUUUAUCGUAAGGACCAAAGAUACUGGUCUCGUCGGCCUAUGACUAGAGAUAUGUUGAUUUAUGCUAGUAGUGAUGUUCUCGGUCUUGUACCUCGAGUGUAUCUUUCUACAUCGAGGUUGAUCAAGCCAGAGUUUCAAAGUCUGUUUACAGAAUUAUGCGAAGAACAAGUUCUGAUGCAUAUUAAACCAUUAGAAGUAAAGGCUCGUAAAAAACAAAGAAAAGUAGAGACAGAAGUAGCAGAUUUAAAGAAAAAGAUGGAAGAGGCAACAUAUAAAAAUAUAGUAUUGAGUAACCGAGAAAUUCGUCUUCUUCGUUACUUAGACCUUACAGAGGAAGAAAAGGAGAAAUUAAAGGGCAAUUACAAAGUCGCUAAGAAAUUAGAAAAAUUAGAGAAUAUGGGUCAAGAAAAGGAUUAUAGCAGCGACGAGGAUGAUGAUAAAAUGGAGGAUACGGAUUAUCAUAGCAUGGAGAGUUAUACUUCGGAGAAUUCGCAUUCUGGUGGAAUAUUGUCACCGAGAAAUUCCGAGACUCCAAGUUUAACCGAAUCUAUGCAAAUGGUCGAUGAAAUCCUAUCGGAUGCACGAAUGGAUAGGUUGGAAAAAAUCGAGAAAUUAGAAGCAAUACUUUCAGCUGUGACAACAUCUUCGAACGAUCAAUUAUCGCCAAAUAGUACAGAGAUUUCCCCAAGACAAUGUGUUUGUAAAUGUCUAAACGAUAAAGUUGAUGAUAGCCCAACGAAAGAAAACAAGGAAUUGAUUAAUACUGCCUGCCAAACGCUUAGUACAGGUGAUAUUGCGAUAACUAGAGUAUUUGUCACUGAGGAGGAAAAAGAACGAGUAAGAUUACAGAAUUCGCCAAAAAAGUAGAUUAUAAAGCGAGCAAACUACUGCUGCUUUUUUUAAUAAUAAAUAAGCAGCUAAAAAUAUAUACGUUGCCAUUAAUAGGUUCUUUUAUAAAUAUUUAACGAAAACUGAGAAAGAAAAAGAAAGAGAGAGAGAGAGAGAGAGAGAGAGAGAGCAAUGAAACAAUGUGGAUCAUCUCUAUUUUACGAACUUCAUAACUAAUACUAUUAUUAACAACGAUGAACGACUCGGUUCAUUGUAAAUACAUUUUUUCUUUUUUUUUUUGUAUUUUUUAUACAUAAUUCUGGACAUUUUUCCAAAUCUGAAAUAUUAUUAUUAAUAUCAGAUUUUGUUGUGGAAAAAUGUAUCCUUCUAUCAUAUCAUUGAGAAGUGAUAAUGACGAUAAUGACUAUGCUACUAAAAAGGGAUUACCUUUCUUUACGAUUAGUAUAAGAAAGUAAAUAUAAUCAAACAAAAGUAGCUACUUAAUCGAUCAUCACUUUACUUUAGAAAUGACGUUACGAUUUAAAAAUAUAAUACAUUAAUUAAUCGCUUAUACAUUAUUGUAUAAAUCUGACCAUAUGGCGUAUUUAUCGAUAACUCUACUAACAUGUCGUAUAUUCUUCCCAUUUUGUGGGAAAAACAUUUAACUGACAUGAUAGAGUGCGCACAGAAUUAAUCGGAGGCUGAAGAAAAGUAUUACUAAACAAAUAAUUCUUGCAAAUAUUGAAUAUGCGUUUCUAACUAGAACGAAUUAUUUCAUAUUUUGUUUUUUUUUCUCUUCUUUUGUUAUACCUUCAGUUCUCUCUCUGCGUUGAUCGAUAACAAUUAUAUUGCAUUCUUUAAUGAUUAACACAUAGAAUAUUCUCCCACCUCUCAUCAAACUUAUUAAGGUAUCAUUUCUUAUUUUUUCUUUUUGUUUUUAAUUAAAAAUUUAAUCCAGCUUGACGAGAUGCACGCUAGUCCUAUUUCAAUUGAUAAAAGCUUUUCAAUCUUUUUACAAAUAAUUUAAUAAUAUUAAAAAAGUAUAUUCUUAUAUGUUUCGUUUUGUUUUUAUUUUUCUCAGCCGUUUUCAAGUGCCAAGAGAAUAAAGAAUGUGUUUAAAAUAUAAACGAACAUGAAUAAUAAUAAAAAUAACAAUAACUCCCCGUGUUCCAUUUUGCAAAAAAUAAACACGGUUAAUCAUAUCUUCUUUAUUGCAUCUAUAAAAAAAAAAGAAAAAAGAAAAAAAGAAAUGAAAUAAUAAUAAAUAAUAAUAAAUAAUAAUAAAUAAUAAUAAUGAUUACUUACAUAGUACGUGUAUAUUCCAAAGGUGUUGCAACUA